AUGCUAGCACCACCACCCAAACAACUGUGGCGCAAACUGGAAGAAUAUACACCAAAAAAGUUGGUUCAAGCCUGGCCAUUUCUUGCAGACGAGCUCCGCACAGAAAUACGGAAUGACUAUGACUAUGCUUUGAGAAAAUCAAUCGUGGAUUACAUCCUGUUGGAUCCGGAGGAGCGCAAGCGUUUGUUUAUCGAAUGGACACCGACACCCCAUCCGAGCUAUGUUGUUCGUGCCCCGGUGCCUUGGAACGCAAAACGUCGGAAGGCGUACGAGUUUUGUCAGCGCAGUUUGUUCCCACCUUGCGCACUCACAUUAGCCAUUCAGCAGAUUUGGUGCACAGAGUGA